ACCUUUCCGCCCUGCUCGUUCAAGUUGUUGUUAUUCCAAAGCUUCGUCUGACAGCAGAAGAGUUUGCUUUGUUUGGGUUCAAAUUGCGACGUCGUCGAGCUGCACGUUGUUUAUCAGACUAUUAUGCAUACUUUUGUCUUUCUCGUUGCAACUUCUCAUAAAAAGUUUAACCAUGGCGUCGAGAUGUCAGAAAAGUGCCUUAUUCCUCAUUGACUGGUAACAUCUGGUCAUUGUGCAAGAAAUGGAAGAGGCAGUCCAGGAAGAGGAGGAUUUUCCAGGGAGGCUUCUGCAUCAGGCUGCCCUCUGGGAUAAUGCAGAACUUUUAGAAGACUUAUUACAUGGAGAUCAACUAGCUCACAUAAACAGCCAGGACUCUUGGGGUCGAACACCUUUACAUGCAGCAGCCACAAACUCAAAAUCUCGCUGUCUUUCUGUGUUGUUACGAGCUGGAGCUAACCCAAAUAUUUCUUGCGGCCCUCGAGGAGAUACAAGAACCCCACUCCAUGUGAGUGCAGUCCAUGGGCAUGUCACCAACGUUCUCCAACUUUUAAGACAUCAUGCUGACCUCGUGGCUACAGACCGACAUGGUCAGACAGCAAGAGACUUGGCAGACAAGGGAGGUCAUCAUGACUGCAUGGCGGUUCUUAAAGAGGCGGCAGACGCCAAGGAGUCGGUGCGGCGCGGCGCGCACGCCCAGGUCCGCGAUGCCGUCAUCGCCGGCGACCUGGCGCAGGUACGCAGCCUGCUGGCGGAGCAGGGCCCCGACGCCGAGCUGGUCAUCAACAUGGCGCCCAACGGCUCCAACACGCUCCUGUUCCUGGCGUGCGAGCUGGGGCACCGCGAGAUCGUGCAGGAGCUGCUGGACCGGCACGCCGACGGCCGCAUCCACCCAGUGACGCGCUACUCGCCGCUCUACAUCGCCUGCUUCAAGGGCCGCAAGGACGUGGUGCAGAUCGUGCUCAAGCGGUUCCCCGAGCUCGUGAAGCUGUUCACGGUGGAGGAAUGGCUGCCAAUCCACGCCGCGACCAUCAACGGCCACCUGCCCGUCAUCGAGCUGCUGCUCAAGCACAGCUACCCGGCCAGCGUGCUGACGACGUUCCAGGACGCCGUCAACGAGUGGGAGUACGAGCUCCCCUUCGACAUCAACAUGCAGGACCGCACCGGCCAGAACGUGCUGUACCUCGCCUGCGUCCUCGGCAACUUCAAGCUCGUCGACAUGCUCCUCAAGUUCCGCGUCACGGCGCGCCGCAUCAAGUCCUCCGCUGAGACGGCCGACGGCACCGAGGCCAACGAAGCGACCGAGCUCCGCAGCCCCACGGGGGGCGCACGCCGCAUCUCGGACGGCAUCCACUCCAUCAUGUCGCGCCUCAACCUGAGCCUCAGCUCGCGCGGCAACGGCGGCAGCACGGCCUCGGCCACGGAGCGGCAGCUCAGCCCGCUGCUGCUGGACCUGCGCUGCAACGCCAACGCCGAGACGGCGCUGCACGCCGCGGCGCGAGGCAAGCACUGGGACAUCACCAACGCCCUGCUGCAGGCCGGCGCCGACCCCAACAUCGUGGCGCAGGACCCCGUCCCCGGCAGCGGGCCUGCCGCGUACUCGUCUGCCGGCCACGACGAGGGCGGCGGCAAGGCCGCGGGGCCGCAGGGCGGGCCGCAGGGUGGGGGCUCCACGGCCCUCGUGGAGGCGUGCCGCAACCGGGACAUCGGCAUGGUGGACCUGAUGCUGCGGUUCGGGGCGCGCGACGACGAGUGCCGCGCGCUCAGGGUGGCGGCCGGCCACGGCCACGGCACGGCCAAGGAGGACAUCCUGCUGGCCAAGCUUCUCUCCAUCAAGGCCCACCCGGACCCCGAGUUCAAAAUCAACAAGAAGGCCAUGAGCGACAACGUGCCGGCGGCUAGCCAGUUCGCGGGGCUGGCCAGCCUCACGUACAGCUCCAUGUUCCCCAACACGCCCGCCAUGAUCAACUGGCACGGCUUGCGCUGCGGGCUAGCACAGGUGCGCACGCAGUGGCUGGUGGACGCGGCGCUGCACGUGAACCCCAAGCUGAAGCUCAACCCUCGCAACCAGGACAUCGCCUUGUACGCCAUCACGCGCCUGGACCUGUCCAACAACGCGCUGGAGUACGUGCCCGCCGCCGUGAUGCAGCUGCAGAGCCUGCGCUACCUCAACCUGGCCAACAACAAGCUAGAGCGGCUGCCUGAACCCGGAGGGUCGCCUUCGUCGCGUGGCGUCAAGGGGCGGUCCAAGGGAAAGCUUCGAGGAGCUGCGAGUGAGGAGGCGGCGUACAACGCGCCCUCGCUCAAGGAGCUCUACCUGCAGGACAACCGUCUCGUUCAGGUGCCCGAGGAGGUGUUCUCGCUGCCCAGUCUGGUGACGCUGGACGUCUCCAACAACCAGCUGCAGGCGCUGCCCUACUCUAUGUGGCGCGCGCCCAAGCUCAAGGAGUUGAACGCCGCCUUCAACCUGCUGCGCGAACUUCCCUCCGAGCACCCCUUGGGGCACCCCGUCGGCCUGGGGCUUGGCUUCGGCCACGGCCAUGGCCACGGUGCGGCCGCGGACACGCUGAGCGUGUCGUCCGUCGACUCGAGCCGCUCCUCGACGGACACGUGUGGCGGUGCGCUCGAGGCCCUGGAGGAACUGAACCUCAACUUGCUGUCGCCCGCGGAAGACGCCCUGGACAGCCGGUCGCUGCACGCCUCGUACGCCAGCGCCAAGACGCUGCGGCAGCGCGACCUGGCGCACCACAACAUGUGGAGCCGCGGCCACGGCGUGGAGGUGACGGAGCAGAUCCUGCUCAACGAGGGUGACCAGGAAGGCUGCUCGCAGCUGUCUGCCCUCAACCUCGCCCACAACCAGUUCGCCAGCAUCCCCGCCGCUCUGCCAUGCCUAGCUGUCAACCUCACCCGCCUCAACCUCGCCUACAACAGUCUGCGCUCCAUGGGCUACAUCACGUCCUACCCCAACUCGCUCAAGCAGCUCGACCUGUCGCACAACCAGGUGUCCUGCUGGCCCAGCCUGCCCCAGAUGGACCCCGCCGCCUUGGCCUGCUUCGCGCCCAGCGCUGAAGCCGCCGCUCCGGCCUCGCCGCCCAUCCCCACCGCGGCCCCAGCCAUGGUGAAGCUGCCCGCGCUGGGCGGCGCGCUGCAGUGCCGCCGCACGCUGCGCAGCGUCAUCCUGGACUGCGUGUGCGUGCACCGCCGCCACCUGCGCCUCGACAACAUGCGCACCCUCAUCCUGACCGACAACCGCGUGACGCGCAUCCAGCUGUCGACGGAUGACGACGGCGGUGGCGGGGUGGAUGACGAGGAGUCCACGGACGCGGACUUGUCAAGUGCGGCCUCGUCCGCGCGCCACCAGGGCUCUGGGAGCUCCAAGGCGCGCCUCAUGAUGCCUAACCUGAGCAUGCUGGACCUGAGCAACAACCAGCUCAAAGAGAUACCACACAACAUCCACGAGCUGAGCAACCUGUCGGUGCUCAACAUCAGCGGCAACGCGGACGUGUGCGAGCUGCCGCACCAGAUGGGGCUGCUGUCGCGCCUCUGGAACCUCAACACGCGCGGCUGCAACCUGCAGGAGCCGCUCAAGUCCAUGAUCGACUCGAAGAAGUUCAAGACCAUGGACGUCAUCGGCUACCUCAAGUCCGUGCUGGAGGACGCCAAGCCUUACGCGCGUAUCAAGCUAAUGAUCGUUGGGGUGCAGGGUAUCGGCAAGACCUCCCUCCUGGAGCAGCUGCGCCAGGAAGGCACAGGGUCCUUCCGCAAGCGGCCCGCUGGCCCGGAGCACUGGGCCAAGCGCAUGGGCAACAAGAACGUCAACACCAAGACCUCGCGCGGCAUCAACAUGUCCACCGUGGGCGUGGACAUCGGGGACUGGGUGUACGAGAAGAAGCGGGGGCAGUCCAACUCCAACUACGGCCCCGUCGUCUUCCGCACCUGGGACUUCGGCGGCCAGCGCGAGUACUACGCCACGCACCAGUACUUCCUGUCCAAGCGCAGCCUCUACCUGGUGGUGUGGAAGAUCUCGGAUGGCGCCAAGGGCAUCCAGGAAAUCCUGCAGUGGCUGGUGAACAUCCAGGCGCGCGCGCCCAACUCCCCCGUCAUCAUUGUGGGCACGCACUACGACGCGGUGCGCGACAGCCAGGGCGCCAUGCCCGCCGCUGUGUCCGAGGACCUGCAGCAAAUGAUUCGGGACAAGUUCAUCAACAUCGUGGACGCGGAGAAGUGUGGGUUGCCGCGCGUCCUCGACACAAUCGAAGUGAGCUGCAAAACGAGGCACAACAUCAAGCUGCUCUGCAACCUCAUCUACGACACCGUCUUCAGUCUGCGGCCCCCAGGGAGCAAGGAACUUCUGCUGGAACAGAAGGUCCCCGCCAGCUACCUGAUGUUGGAGGACGUCGUGGGACACCUUGCCGCGGAACGCAAGUCCAAAGGCGUGGACCCGGUCCUCAACGCAGAGCAGUACAAGGCGGUCGUAUGGUAUGAGAUGCAACACCGGUACGGCAGGACUUUCAGAGACUGGUCUGAGCUGCAUCAAGCAACCUUAUUUUUGCAUGAUAACGGCUUGCUGUUACACUAUGAUGACGCAACUCUUAAAGACUUAUACUUUCUUGACCCUCAGUGGCUCUGUGAUAUGUUAGCCCAUGUAGUAACUAUUCGGGAAAUAAAUCCAUUUGCAAGAACAGGAGUAAUGAAGCUGGAUGAUCUUAAGCAUGUAUUCAAAUCUUCGGCAAUAGGUCCUGUUGACACAAGAGGCUACAUUGUGAGUCUGCUUAACAAGUUUGAAGUUGCUUUGACGUGGGACAGUCGAACUCUUCUCAUCCCAUCCUUGUUGCCCUGCGAAGAAGACUUGCAACUCCCUUCAACAAACCCUGUCAGGGUAAAGAUUCCUGUGCGGUCUAGAGGGUGGGCUGUUCGCAGUAAAAAAGCUGCUAGCGCUCCUGCAAGAGUGCAUAUUGGCAAUUCUUCAUUCUACACAUCUGUAUCUCAAGAUUCCACCGGUCGCAUAACACCCUCCUCGCCAUCUAUUGAAGCAGCACUGGAGGUCGAGCCUAGUGCCUCUGCUAUUGCUGCUGCUGCAAGCUGCGAGUUAACACAUCGUAGCGAUCCCGAAGUAUCCAUCCGGCGCUUGCUCCUCAUGUCGUACUUCCCCAGUGGGUUUUGGUCUAGAUUAAUGACCCGUAUCUUGGCUGAUGAUGCUGUUGUAGACAUAGUGCGUUCCUUCUUUGUCAUGCCCAAGGAGGUGACAACAGAUGCUCGCCUAGCUCAGAUGUUAGAUGUUCGUGCUGACUGGUUUCUUUGGCAAACAGGAAUGGAGCUACGCUAUGCGGACACAACAUUAUUCCGUAUGAAAGAAAUCUUACGAACAAUGAAAAACAGCCCCAUGGACUAUAGCCAACUUCAGUUAAGGGUUAAGCAAGAAGGAACUUGGACAGAUGUAGACCUAGCCAACUCCUCCAUCCUGGAAAUAUACUUUCCUGUGGACACAGUUGUCAUCAAGCGACCUAUCACAGACGAGUUGUCUGGUGACAGCCCCAUUGGUUACCAAGCUGUUGUACUAGAUCCAAACCUAGAGUAUGUCACCAAGUUGCUUGCCUUAGCUGUGGAUCAUAUUGAUGUCCUGCUGGAAGACUGGUAUCCCACACUAGGCACAAGGUUUGUGCAUACCUCUGAGGGGCGGUUUCUUGUCACUCGCCUUGUGCCAUGCCCUCGCUGUAUCAGUCUUAAUUGUGAAAAUGGUGAUGGUACUAGACCUCGAACUCGCUCAGAUGACUCUGAUGACUGGGAACAUGUCUCUCAAUCUGAUCGCCCUACAGUUCCCAAGACGCCUUCACAUGCUGACAAUGAAUCCGGUUUCUUGAGCCGAUUGACCAGAAAAAGUCAGGAAAGUUGUGCUUCAGAUGGUGAUAGUGGGGUUGGCCCGGAAAGUGCUGGAUCCAGUCGGAAUCCAUCGAAAGAGGGCCAUCCUCGCUACAGUGAAGAAGCUUUUCGUCCUGUGGAUGAUUCUUUGAUGCAGUUCAGUUGGAUGGUUGAAGAGUGCAUCUUGGCAGCCUAUGACAAGAAAUGUGUCACUUGCCCUACGCAUGGAGACUUCCCUUUAGCGCAGGUUGCCCCGGAUACGAUCUUCCUGGACUUGGGUGAGAGCUACCUGAUCCGGCCUGAGUACAUGCAGCAAGGCAGGCUGCUGGGCCGCGGGGCCUUCGGCUUCGUGUUCAAGGGGUCGUGCCAGCGGCCGGGCGGCGUUCGCAACGCCAGCUUCAACGUGGACGUGGCCAUGAAGAUGCUGCAGCCCGUGCAGCCCGGGCCCAACGCUCACCAGUCGGCCGUCAUGGCCUUCAAGGCGGCGCAGGGCAAGUGGUCGCGAGACCCCCUUCAGUACGCCACCAAGGCCUACUGCAACGCGCGCCAGGAGCUCAACAUCCUGCUCAGCCUGCGGCACCCCCACAUCGUGCCUCUCGUGGGGGUGUGCACCAGCCCGCUGGCCCUGGUCCUGGACCUGGCGCCCCACGGCGCGCUCUCCGCCGUGCUGCGCCACUACCGCCGCUCCGGGGCCAGGCUCGGGCCCUUCGCGCUGCAGGCCAUCAUCCUGCAGGCUGCCAAGGCACUCGAGUACCUCCACCAGCAGCACAUAAUUUACCGUGACCUCAAGUCCGAGAAUGUGUUAGUCUGGACGCUGCCGCCACCUUUCCAGGACCACCCCGACGACCUGGUGCAUAUCAAGCUCGCUGACUAUGGUAUAAGUCGACUCACUCUGCCAUCGGGAACAAAGGGCUAUGGAGGAACAGAAGGGUUCAUGGCGCCAGAAAUUAUGAGAUUCAAUGGAGAGGAAGAAUACACAGAAAAGGUUGAUUGUUUCUCCUUUGGCAUGUUCAUCUACGAGCUUCUUACACUACACCAACCCUUUGAAGGUCAUGAGUCUGUCAAGGAGUGCAUCCUGGAGGGUGGCCGCCCUCCUCUGACGUAUCGGGAGACGCAGUACCCUAGCUACAUGCUGGACCUGAUGGCGCUGUGCUGGUCGCAGCAGCCCACGGACCGGCCCUCUGCCAGCCAGGUGGUGUCGAUCUCCUCUGCCCCCGAGUUUACUCACCUGUGCGACGCGGUGUCGCUGGACCACGCCGAGACCGUGGUGGGCGUGGCCGGCGCGGGGCUGGGAGGCAGCGGUGGCGAGGACGGCGUGGCGGGGGCGUGGCUGGCGCGCGGAAGCACGGUGGACUUGCUGUUGGCCUCGCUCAGCAGUUGGCUGCAGUCGUACAGCCUGUCCGCGCCGAACACGCUCUCUGCAGCCUGCUUCGUGCCCGGCCUCGGGGGCCUCGGCCUCGGCCAAGCCGGGGCCGUGUGGCUGGGCGACGCGGCCGGACUGAUCCACGCGUACUCGGCCUCGGACUGUUCGCACCUCUUCUCCUACCGCCUGGACCCGGACGAGCAGCCUGGCGCCAGCGUGUGCUGCCUGCUGCCACUGCCCGCGCUGCAGAGGGUGGCCGUGGCCAUGUCCAACGGCCGCCUCUUCCUGGUGCGCAGCGACACGCUGCCCGCCGCGCCGACCAUGGCCGAGGGCAGCUUCGUCAUGGCCGAGCUGGGCAGCAGCAGCUCGCUGUACUCUCUGGCCGCCGUCUUCCUCGAGGACACGCUCUGCGAGUUGUGGUGCGGAGAGGACCAUGGCAACGUGUCCGUCUACACGAUCCACGACAAUGUAGUCACGGGCCACGACGUGCUGCAGCAUCCGGAUCAGGACCAAGACAACGCGGAGGUGCGACACUUAGUGUCGGCAGCGGAGUCAUCCCCUUCCUCGGCCCCGUCGGUGUGGUCGUGCGCGUACCCCAGCAGCGUGGUGCACCAGUGGGACGUGGAGUCCAAGUCCCUCAUCAACAAGCUGGACUGCUCCAAGCUUGUGCCGUGUUCGGAGAGCCUCAAGUCCAUCAGCAUCGAGGAGCACCUGAGCCCCGGCCGCUGCCAGGUCACCGCGCUGGCGGUGCAGCGCGCCGAGCUCUACAUAGGCACAACGUGGGGGUGCGUGGUGGUGGCGGAGCGCGCCACUCUCCGGCCCAUCACCGUGUUCAGGCCCUUCGAGGAGGAGGUGAGCGCCAUCGUGCCCCUGGGGCUCGGUCAGGGUGCCUCUGCCACACGGCCCGAGAGCUCCCUCAGCGAAGUCUCUUCUUCCUCCACCCCCGCGUCUGCCGCGUCGGCCUCGUCCAACUCCAACUCGACCUCCGGCACAGGGAGCACGUCGGACGCCGGCUUCGGCCAGAACACGCCCAGCAACGGGCUGGGGCCGUCCUUCGGUGAGCAUUGCAAGGGCCAGGGACAUGGCCUCGGCCAGGGUGGCCCCGACUACCCCUUGGUGGCCACGGUGGGCCGCGGCUACCGCAGCCUCAUCAGCCGCUACACCGACACCAUGGCCACCUUGAGCAGCAGCGACAGCGCGAGCGGCACCUGCGCGCUGCUAUGGCGUGCCCAGCACUGGGCUGUGCGGUAGCUGCGGUAGCUUCUGCGCCCUUCAAGCAUCUAGCGUCCAGUUGGACCGACUAGUCAACGUAGUUAGCAUCUGCCGGUCCACACGUACACCUCGGACACUUUCUAGUCAUAAAUACCGCCCAACUGGCUACAUCUCGUGUUUUAAUUUCCUCCCGUUUUAUUUUUUUCUAACGAAAGGGCUGUGAACUUAUUGAUUUUUGAGACCGUAUUGUUGAUCCUAUGAAACAAGGCCAAAGGCUUGAGUGAGAAUGCAGGUUACGCUGCAUACGCCUAUUUUUAAUGUAAGAUAAAAACUUUAAUCAUUCCUGCUGUACUGUUCCAGGAAAAACUGACUGAUUGAUAAGUGGUGUAUUUUUUAAUUUCUGUCUUUGUGAAUUUUUUUUUCUUUUCAUCUUUUCUAUGUAGCUGUUAUUGCAUUUUUAUGUGCAAUUUCUAUUUCCAGUUUCCAUUAACACCAAAUAGGAGACAGUUAUGUGAUUUUUGAUUUGUGUUAGUUUUAAUGAACUGAAUGAUUUCUUUAUGAAUUAAAUGAUUUGUGCUCGAUAGCCCUACAAUCUACACUGUACUGCUGCAGAGUUCUGAUAAAAUUGUUUUGCUUGUGUUUUCUCAUGUAUAAGUGACUCUGCAUGUAUCGCUUGACAAUAUUUAAAAAAAUAAUGAAUGCAGGUUUGUUGUGAUAUUCUUGAAGUUUUAGCUGUACAUUUGUGCUAAAUGUACAAGAGAUGUUGAAUAUGCUCGUAUUUGUUGCCUAUCCUUUACUUUAAAGUAUUCAAAUAUAUGACGAUUAUUUUCAAUGUAGUAGCAAUCUUGUUGAUAACUCUAUAUUUUUACUUUAAAUGUUCUGCCUCUUUUGGGCAGUUUUGAACUCUUUGUGUUUACACUACUUACUAAGUUCAUAUUUGUGAUAUAGAUAUGACAUUAAUUAUUCAAUCUUCUCAUGUAAAGAUUUAUUAAUCUUGCAACCCAUUCAUUGAAUUUGUAAUAGGUGAGAUAAUCUUAUCUCAAUUUUACUCGACAGCUUAACUAGAUAAAUUUUGACUAUUGCCCUUGUCACUCUCCUGAUAAGAAACAUGCUGUAUUAGUUUCACAGCACUUAAUAAAUAGUGUCUUCUUCUGUUCUGUCAAAAGAAAAUGACCUAAUGCACAGAUGAAGCAAUCAAUUUUGAAGACUAUUUGCUUUCAUUAUUGACAAGUUAAAGUCUGUGUUGUGUUAUUCAAACACACCAUCCUCACUAAUGCUGUGACGCCACGUUCAACGGAACCCUUUUAUCUGACAUCUAGUCACUAUUGGCAUCGUAAGUCAUGUUAGUCUACAUUUGCUGUGCUUUGGUAUUGUAAACAAUAUGUCUAGAACUGUACAUGGCUGAGAGUAGAAGACUUUUAAGCAGUAAUAAACGGUUCUUUCAACUAAGACAGUUUACUUGAACAAUUUGUUAAUUUAUAUAAAGCUGUGUCAAUGUAAUUAAUAUACUGUCAAAGCAUACUACCAUCAAAAAAAUUAAUAUUUAAAGAGUAAUUUAUGUUCUUGUUUCGGGGAUUUCUUUCACUCUGAAGACUUUGUCAAUACCAAAUGAUAUGGUAAUAUGGUACCAUAUGGUUGUACUACCUGAUAAUUUAUGUCAUGUGUCAUGUUAUUUCUUAUAACUGACUUUUUAAUUAAAGACUUUUUUUGUGAUUUCUGA